UCUCUCUCUCUCUCUCUCUCUCUCUCUCUCUCUCUCUCUCUCUUUCCCUCCAGACGACGUCUCUCUGUGCCAACUAAAACCACAAGAUUUUCAAAUCUAUGAGAUAAAUACAAACUCUACUACAUUUCAUCCCUUACACGACUCCAAAAAUUUGUAGAUUUCAUCGUCAUUAAAGUUGGGGGAUUUCUAGAUCACAGGCCAUGAAACGAGGUUACUCGGAAUCUUCACCAUCGGCCUCUCUUGGACCUCCUCAAUCCAAAUUUAAAUACAACCCCGAAGGUGAUGCAGAGUUUCUAGAGGAUGAGAGUACAAAGAUUUUUGCCAGGAAAGUGGCUGACCAUUACAGUGCGAGGACCAAUCAAACUCUGGAAGAGCGAGAAGCAAGUCCUAUUAUUCAUUUAAAGAAACUCAAUAAUUGGAUCAAAAGUGUCUUAAUUCAGCUUUAUGCGAAAAAAGGGGAUGUAGUUCUUGAUCUUGCUUGUGGCAAGGGUGGUGAUCUGAUCAAAUGGGACAAGGCAAAAGUUGGAUAUUAUGUUGGCAUUGAUAUAGCUGAAGGCUCGAUAGAAGACUGUCGUACGCGCUACAAUGGUGAUGCAGACCAUCAUCAGCGUCGUAAGAAGUUCUCAUUUCCUGCCCGACUUAUGUGUGGAGAUUGUUUUGAGGUUCGAUUGGAUGAAGUUUUAGAAGAUGAUGCACCUUUUGAUAUUUGUAGUUGCCAGUUUGCUAUGCAUUACUCGUGGUCUACCGAGAUACGUGCACGGCGAGCCUUGGCCAAUGUUUCAGCCUUACUUCGUCCUGGAGGCAUCUUCAUUGGAACAAUGCCAGAUGCCAAUGUUAUCAUCAAAAAGCUUAGAGAAGCUGAAGGAUUGGCUUUUGGAAAUAGUGUCUUCUGGAUACGUUUUGAUGAAGAAUUUUCUGAGAAGAAAUUUAAGUCUUCAAGCCCCUUUGGAAUUAAGUACAAGUUCCACUUAGAGGAUGCUGUUGAUUGUCCUGAAUGGAUUGUCCCCUUUCAUGUCUUCAAAUCACUGGCAGAAGAGUAUGAUUUGGAGCUAGUUUUCGUGAAAAACUCGCAUGUAUUUGUGCAUGAAUACGUAAAAAAGCCAGAAUUUAUUGAGCUCAUGCGGAGGCUUGGUGCAUUGGGUGAUGGAAACCAAGACAAAAGCACACUAUCACCAGAUGAAUGGGAAGUAGCUUAUUUGUAUCUGGCGUUCGUGUUGAGGAAGCGAGGGGAACCGGAGCAGCCUCGAGCAAAUGGUAGAAGAGAUAAAGGCAAGAUGCAAAUAGGAAAGGAGGACAUAGCAUAUAUCAGCAGUGAAGUUUGAUGGGAGCAACACUUCAAAUUCGAAUAAUCAUCUUCAAACCUGACAAUAAUGUGGUCAAGUGCGGUGCCUCCAGACCAACUCGUGGAGUUCAUUAGAGUUCCAAGUGGCUAUACAAUUUUGUAGAAUGGUGAUUCUAAUUUUAGCUGUGGUUCAUCACACAAUACCACCUAUUUUGGCACUCAUAUGUAUACUGUCCGAUUUGAUGUGUUGAAGCCGUAGAGUUGAGUUGGUGGCUGAUUUCAAAGGCAGUUGUCACCACAAGCGAAAACAGUUUGCAUUAUCAAGCUGAAUAUGUAAUUUGCUUCAGUUACACAAUGCAUGUAAAUUAAAAUGAUUGAUGAAUCUAAUCACCAAGCAUUUUGCUUGUGAACACUGGUUUUUGUCUUUUUGGAAC